UCUCUCGCUUGCGAAGGCGCAAUGCGGGGGACCGGAAGGGGCGGGGCCCGAGCCGCGACGCACUUCCGCCCUCCCGGCGCUCUCCGCGCGGCGACGCCAAAAUGGCCGCCGUGGCUCAGACCGAGGCUCCCGGGCGCUGAGCGGAGAAGGGCCGGAGGGCAGCCGACGUAGGGGACGGGAAGCGAACGGAAGCGGAAGGGCCAUGGAGCCCGCGGGCCCCUCCGCCUCCGGCGCCGCCGCCGCCGCCGCCCCCGCCGUGGGCCCCGAACGGCUCUUCGACGCGAACCGGCUGCCCAGCGACGGGCUGCUGGCGCUGUCGCUGCUGCUGUACGCGCCGGUGGGCCUCUGCCUGCUCCUGCUCCGGCUCUUCGUGGGGCUCCACGUCUUCCUGGUCAGCUGCGCGCUCCCGGACAGCGCCCCCCGGAGGUUUGCGGUGCGAGUGAUGUUCGGGGUGCUGGGUCUGCUGGUGCGCCAGAGCGGAGCCCCCCGCCAAGGGCAAAGGGCCCCCUGCGCCGGACUCCUGGUCGCCAACCACGUCACCCCCUUCGACCACAACGUCCUCGGACUCCUGCUCUCCUGCGCAGCGCCGGUCCUGAACGGCGCCUCCGGCUUCCUCUGCUGGUCCCGCGGCUUUUUGGAGGUGGGGGCGACGGAGAGCCGGGCAGAGCUGCUGGAGUCCCUGAAGGCCUACUCUUCCCAGGGGGGGAGCCCUCCGCUGCUGCUCUUCCCUGAGGAGACCACCACCAACGGCCGCGUGGGACUCCUGCGCUUCAGCACCUGGGCCUUCUCCAUCCUGGAUACUGUCCAGCCAGUGGCUCUGCAGGUCCAGAGGCCAUUCGUCACUGUGAAUGUGGCCGAUGCUUCAUGGGUGACUGAGCUCCUCUGGACCUUCUUUGUCCCCUUCACUGUUUAUCAAGUAAGGUGGCUCCCACCAGUUUCUAAACAAGCUGAGGAGACCCGUGACCAGUUUGCGUUGAGAGUUCAGGAGCUCCUGGCCUCAGAAUUGGGCCUUGUCUCUACUCGGCUCACUGCGGCUGACAAAGCGGAGUACAUGAAGCGUCUGCGCCACAGCCCCCGUGUUUCCUUCAGCUCCCCAGCCCUAAGCCAUCAGUCUCGAGCAUCCCACAGCGUGGCUGCCACAGAGGAUGUGCGCUUGGUGGGUCUGGCCCAGCGUGUCAAGGAGGUCCUGCCCCAUGUGCCCCUGGCGGUCAUCUGCAAUGAUUUGGCCCAGACAAACUGUGUGGAUGCCACCAUUGCCAACCUGCUGGAGGGGCGGGUUCCGUUUGUGCCCAGCGAGGGGGAGGCGUCGGAGGCCCCCCUCCUGGCUUCCUUGGGGUCCGGCGCUCAUGGCCCGGCCGCUUCUCCUUCAGCCACGGCACCCGCCAAAGUCUUUGCCAGGUCCCCAGAAGCGAGGCACCUUUCCCUGCAGGAGCGCAAGCAGGCACUCUAUGACUACGCCAGGAGGAGAUUCACAGAGAAACACGGGACGACAAUGGCGCAGAGAGAGGGCAGCCACUGACCGCCCAGCUGACCGAGGCUGUCCAUUCAUUCCUCUGGACUUCCGAGUCGGCCGGCAGCAGUUCUUUCUUUGUGGCGAGAGGGACGGCCGGCCAGACCGCUUCUGCCUUGUCUGUGCUGCCGGAGUUGCGUGCAGAGGGCCUUGGGCAGCAUCGGAUCCAUGCGCGGCACCGCAUCCCGGCUCCACAGAGCGAGGGGUGCAAGGUGCCCAGUCUGGCUGCCUUGACCGGGUCCGAACUGCCUCCUGUCCUGGGACAGGGUCCCUCUGUCCGUCCGUCCCUUUGUCGAAGGGGCUGGGCGAGAGGAAGCCCAAGGCGGGGAGGGGGGCUUUCCACUGUCAAAAUAAACCCGCUCUGAUUCUCA